CGUUGGUACUGAUCUAAAGUGACGUUUUAAACCUCUCACAUUAGAUUAUUUUAAUUUUCAACAGAAAACGUCUUAAUAAUUAACAUUUUAUAGGUCAGUGCGGCUUACAGUAAGGAGACCCCCGUCACCCCUCCCUCCCCGCGCAUCAUCAUCAUCAUCAUCAUCACAACACGGAAGCAGCAGACUUCAGGGCUGCGCGGCGCAGACGCGGGGAGGGAGGUCGGAACGGGUGCAAACGGGGCCGACGUGAAGCCGAGCACGAGGCACAAGCGGCCGCGGAGGCUUUGAAGGUGCGAAGGUCCGAAGGCGACGGAGCCGCCAUGGCGCUGAUCCCGUCGCAGGUGCUGCGGGUCGCCAUCCUGCUGUCCUACUUCUCCAUCCUGUGCCACUACAAGGCGCUGGACAUGCCGGCGCACCAGACCUACGGCGGCAGCUGGAAGUUCCUCACGUUCAUCGACCUGGUGAUCCAGGCCGUGUUCUUCGGCGUGUGCGUCCUCAUCGACGUGUCCAGCCUGCUGACCAAGGGCGGCGCCACCAGGGAGCAGGAGCGGCAGCUGAGGAAGCUGAUCAGCCUGCGGGACUGGAUCAUGGCGGUUCUGGCCUUCCCCGUGGGAGCGUUUGUGGUCUUCACCUUCUGGACCCUGUACCUGUACGACAGAGACCUGGUCUACCCCCGCCUGCUGGACAACUUCAUCCCCCAGUGGCUCAACCACGGCAUGCACACCACCGUCCUCCCCUUCAUCAUCAUUGAGAUGCGAACCACCCACCACCGGUUUCCCAGCAGGCCGUGGGGCUUGGCUGCCGUGUGCUGCUUUGGCGUCGGAUACGUCCUCUGGACGUGCUGGGUGCACCAGGUGACCGGUGUGUGGGUUUACCCGGUGCUGGAGCGCAUCACUCCGCUGGCGCGGGUCGUCUUCUUCAGCGCCAUGACGGUGGUGAUCUGCGUCUUCUACGUCCUCGGAGAAAUCCUCAACAGCUACAUCUGGGACCAACACACAGAAAAGGUCAAGGCUGAGUGAGAGGGUCCAGCUCAGCAUCGCUGGGACGGCAGAGGACGAGCUGCAUCGUCCAGGACUCAACUGGAACCUCAUCUCUGAACUGUAACCAUAGACAGACGCAGUCAUCGACGGCCAAUCAACUUUAACUAAACUCAUCAUUGAUUCUGUUGCUUUGUUUUUCAGUAUGAAACACACACACACACAGGAAUCACACAACGAUAUGUAUGACCCACAGAGUCUGAUACUGUGACACUACAAACGUCAACAUCUGAUCAAAAUCUUCAUGAUUCAUCCCAUGAGUCACUCAGUUUAUGGAUGGAACUGUGUGUUGGUACUAAAUCAAUAAAGUUUAGAUGAAAAAGG